AACAUGAAAAGAAAUGUGUUCUGAACGGUUUUUAGCUCAUUUUUCUUUGAUGGUGUCUCAAAAGUGGGCAAUCCUUUAGCUGACGUCACCAGAAACAAGCAUCGGCAGCAUCAUCAUCUCAGUUAGUUAGCUAAAUAGCCAACUGUACAUUUAUUUGGGAUUCAGGAAAAUAGGAAGCCGUUUUAUACAUCUGUCCGAUAUAUGCCAAUGGACUGAAAAUGGACUGAAGCGUAAAUGUAGAAUUUAGCUCCCGCAUUAAUUGAAUAAACGCUUAAAUUGCUCAAUAGCGCCUCCAUCUGCGUGACUGCUGAAGCGAUAAGUAUUGUGGUAUUCCACAAUUUACUGGGCCAUCUAAACUCCUCUAGUUAGGUUAUGCUAUGAUAAUAUCAAUGUGAUUGAGUUUAGCAGACUGUGUAAUUAUGAGAUGAUGAGGCGGAGUCAUCGCAAGUACCCCAAGACGUUUUUUUAAAAUGGGAAAACUGAGUUUGCAGGAGCAAUGUGUAUUAUUGCGUGUAAUUUUGUGUGCAAUUCUUGCAUUGUAAUCUUCAUCCAAAGUCCACUACUGUGGUAACUUUAAUUUAUCCAAAAAGGGACGUUUAUUAUGUUAUAUAUUUUUAUUAUGUUUGACAAAGCCGAUGUCGCCCAGUUUUAACUCAGUUGACAUUAUGCAUACGCACUAGUUUUUACAUUUGCUCCACCAGGUGGCGUGCUACGUGUGUAUUGAGCAGAUUUUACUGCUACUUCAAAUAUACCUCUCAUUUAUCGGGAGCUGGUCGGACAGGCUUGCGAGCAACAACAGCUGGUGGAAAAAUGGCCACCGCAACUAUGGCCGGGGCUGGGAGUGAAGCGCACGGGAUGGAGGCGAAGAAAUUUGAGUAUUUUUCUUCUAUUAACUCCAUGGCGAGGAAGAUAAUGAUAGAGAGGGAGAAAAUUAAGGAGACAUACGGAUCAGACUGGGAAAAAAUGACUCCGAAUGAGCAGGAUUCGGCCAUCGAUAAUGGGAUGAUGGAUCCUCAUAUCAGAGCUCGAUAUGCUAUGCAUAAGGUAGAUCGGGAAGAAGUCGUGUGUUAUCCGAAAAUGCUCAUCCAAACAGGCCAGAAAAUCGUACACUUCGGGGAAGAGGACAUAACUUGGCAAGAUGAACAUUCUGCGCCAUUUUCGUGGGAAACUAAGAGCCAGCUGGAUUUUAGCCUCAGUUUAACAGCCGCCUCUGAGCAGGGGAGUUCGUCCUCCUCACAGUCAGAGUCUAAGUCAAACAAAAUCUCUCAGAGCAGCCAACUGGCCAAGGUCUCCCAAGCCGUUAAGGUUUCCAAUGGCGAGGGCCUGGGCAGAAAGGAGGAAGAGUCUUCGUUCUGGAAGUUCAGCGCCGAGCGGUCUCGGCUGGAGGGGGAAAAGGCUGAUUUUCAAUCCCUCACGCCAAGCCAAAUCAAGUCCCUGGAGAAAGGGGAGAAGCCCCUCCCGUCCUACCUGAGACAGGAGUCAACUCCGAAGGAGACCGAGGAGCAGCCGCGAGUGACCAAGCCGCGAGCCCCGAGACCACCGGCGCCGCCACCCCCAGCGCCCAUUAGCCUACCUGUUAGCGCACCCCCUUCUGCCAUCAGCCUGCCUGUUAACGCACCACCUUCUGCCAUCAGCCAGACACCUGCGGCACCGAUCAGCGUGUCAUCCACCGUGGCCGGCUGGGAGCGCGCCCAGAGCACGCUGCCCUCCGUCAACACCCUGGAUGACGUCUUCACCCCUGGUCCACUCACCAAGUCCCCUGCCCUGCCUGGCGGUUCUUCCAGGGAGACUGAUAAGGCUGAGUCUCCCCUGGCAGGCAGUCCAACAUUCGGUCAGUUCAAUACGAGCAACAACAUUCUGAAGACAGGCUUUGACUUCUUGGACAACUGGUAAUGAACAGUGAGGACAGACCAUCUGGAUUAAUUCCUCAGUAAUGGACUUUAUACAUGCUCUGGAUAGCCAACGACCAACCCAACCUGGCUUCGGUUACCCCUCCAGCUGUUAGGAUAUUGCAAUCUUCACAUGCUUUUAGUUUUGCUUCCAUGGAAAAACUCACCCUCCCUCUCUUGUACAUUUGUUUACCUGACCUCAUACUAGUGUUAAAAACAAGCAUAGUAUUUAUAUAAACACUAAAAGUGAUAUGUUUAGAUAAAAAUAGCAUGUUUUUUUAAAAAUGAUACAUAUUCUUUGAAAUGUAGCUCUGCAUCCAUUUUACACUACCAAAGUAUGAAAAAUAAAAUAAUUUUACAGCUGUA